CGGACCUCGACGCCAUCUUGCCCGCGAGUGCCAAGAUGGGGCAGGCGCUGCUGGGUGCUGCGCUGCUGUUUGUGGGGGGCGCUCUCCUUUCCUCCGAGCACCCCUCGCUCCCCGGGAGGAACGGGCUCGGCCCCUCGCAGGGACAGGCCGCUGGUCCUGGGUGGGCCAGGGUGGCGCGCUGGCAGCAGUUGGACGAGGCCCAGAAGGAAGAGCCGGCAGCAAAGGGCAGUAUCCCUUCAUUCCUGGCAGCCCCUGCCUUUCCCCGCGGCCCGCCUGUGAACUGGGCUCCUGCCCGUGGACCCAGCCUCCUUAACCCAAACCCGACACACCUAAGCGGCUUCUAGACGCAGAAUGAUGUCGGUAGGAGUGAUAGGAACAGGGACAUACCUUUGUGCUGGGCCUCUGUAUUUGCUCCUCAAAACGUUCUGGGGCCGAUCAUUCUGAGUUUACAGAUGGCUGAUUCACUAGUAUUCGGAGUUGAAGAGGACCUUUAUAUAAUACAGCUGAGAGCAAUCAGCUUAGCAUGUUAAGUGGCAAGAAUCAGAACUUGAAGCGAACUUGUACCUCUGGACUCGCCAGUCCCAGGGUUUUUCUUUUUUUUUUCCUUUUUGGUGCCAAGCGUUGAACUUAGGGCCUGGGACAUGCUAACUACACACCACCACUGAGCUACACCCCAGCCUCCAAGUUUCAGGCUCUUUUAUCACUUGAGUUUUUUGUACUAGGGAUUAAACUCAGGUCAUUUUAUUAUCCCUGAGCUUCAUCCCCAAUUCUCUCACUAGCUAGCCUGGAACUUGCAAUCUGUCUUGGCCCCUGGAGUCACCAUGAUCCAGGCCUGCACCAUAGGACCUGGCUAAAUCUCAGGCUCUUAAUCUCCAUCUCAUACAGGCAAUAAUGUGAUGCCUGGCUAGAGGAUAUUCUUGUUUUUAUACUUUUUUGGGAAAGAGCUUUAACUUAAUGAAUUAUACUGAUUUCAUGUCUGUGUAAAAAUGAUCAAUUAUGGCAUGUUUAUCUUAACUCUCCUUUAGGACUCAAAAUUUGGGCUUGCCUUAGGUAUCCAGUUUUUAAAAUAGGAAUUUAAAGGUUUACAUUAAUGUGGUCAGAUGAGUAAGUAACACACAAAUAUAAAUAUAGAUGCCCAGUCCAAAUAAUAUAUCAUUUUUAUUUUUAGAUUGUGGAACAGCACCGCUUAGGGAUAUGUUGCAAGGGUCUCGGAUUGUAGGGGGCUCAGAUGCUCAAGAUGGUGCAUGGCCAUGGAUAGUUAGUCUACAGAUUCGAUAUGGCCGUUUUCUUGCUCAUAUAUGUGCAGGAAGCCUAGUGAAAGACAGGUGGGUUCUCACAGCUGCCCACUGCACUAGAGACGCUAGAGAUCCUUUACAGUGGAGAGCUGUGAUGGGAACCAAUACAGUAAAUAUGAGUCAAGCAUACACCAAGAGGAUAAAAGUUAAAGCAAUCAGUAUUCAUCCAGACUUCAUUAUGGAAACUUACGAAAAUGAUAUUGCACUUUUUUAUUUAAAAAAACCUGUGAUGUUUAAUGACUAUAUACAGCCUAUUUGUCUACCUUUUGAUGUUUUCCAAAACCUGGACGAAAACACAAAGUGUUUUAUAAGUGGCUGGGGAAGAACAAAAGAAGAAGUUGGACAGAAUGCCUUUUUUGUUGUUGUUGUCUAUUUUUAUGUGGUGCUAAGUAAUGAAUCUGGUGCCUCACAUGUGCUAGGUAAUGGUACAAAUACUUUACAGGAAGCAGAAGUACAUUAUAUUUCUCGAACAAUUUGUAAUUCUGAGUGGAGUUAUCGGGGAGUAAUUCCUAACACUUCAUUUUGUGCAGGUGAUGAAAAUGGAAGCUUUGAUACAUGCAGGGGUGACAGUGGUGGACCAUUAAUGUGCUACUUACCGGAACAUAAACAAUUUUUUGUGAUGGGAAUUACCAGUUAUGGACAUGGCUGUGGUCGAAAACAUUUUCCCGGUGUCUACAGUGGACCAUCCUUCUUCCAAAAGUGGCUAACAGAUCAUUUCUCCCAGGGAAGCACUAAAUGCAUAUUUGAUGUACAUAUUUUAAUUGGAGAGAUCCUCAUAGCUUUAGGUUCUAGCAUCUUACUAGCAACAAUAUAAAGAAAUUCUGAAGACUUUACCAUCUUUAUUUUGCAUUGUGUCCCGUUCUAUUUUCUACAUAAUGAAAACAAUUUUUUUAACAAUGAAUUGCUCACUUUUUGAGUUCUCAUGUGAACAAUUUUUUGCAAAAAAUGACUGUGACAUAUCAGAUAGACAAUUGUAAAUCUAGCACCAAAUCACAUGCCUCCUUGAUAGAAUUUGCUUUGUUUUAUAAUCAUAAUUUUGUAUUUAGAAUAGUUGCCUAGAUUUAUAUAAAAUAUUCAAUUAAAUAUGUAUUUUAUGUGUGUAAA